CCAGGAUAGGUUAGUAAGGGGGAGGGGGGAAACGAGCGUGAACUGUCUCGGAAUGAUGACAUCAAAAUACAGCAGUGGUUGGGGAAACGUGUGUAAGGUUAAAAACUGGUGGAUUACCUUUUUGAGAAGGAAGUAAAGACAGAGUUAAAUUUUAACAAUGAAGGAAGAUGUUCAGAGGCUGCUGAUUCAGUUUAAGGAUGAGAGUGGUGCGAUUCUGGGAUCACCUUUUGAUGUGCCCGUGGAUAUUACGCCUGACAAGCUGCAGCUGGUCUGUAAUGCAUUGCUGCAAAAGGAUGAACCACUUCCAUUAGCCUUCUACCUAAAUGAUGCUGAAAUUGUCACAUCUCUGGAAAAAACACUUGAUAAGCAGUUGGUGGAAACUGAGAAAGUCCUUGACAUUGUCUAUCAGCCACAGGCAAUUUUUAAGGUCCGUGCUGUAACUCGAUGUACAAGCUCAUUGGAAGGACACUCUGAAGCAAUAAUCUCUGUGGCCUUCAGUCCUACUGGAAAAUAUCUGGCAACUGGUUCUGGAGAUACCACAGUUCGUUUUUGGGAUCUCUGCACAGAAACUCCACAUUUUACAGCUACAGGUCAUAAACAUUGGGUUCUGAGUAUAGCCUGGUCUCCAGAUGGAAGGAAACUUGCAUCAGGAUGCAAAAAUGGUCAGAUCAUGCUGUGGGAUCCAGAUUCAGGCAAGCAGAUCAGCAGAAAUUUGUCAGGGCAUUCCAAGUGGAUCACAUGGCUGUGCUGGGAGCCACUGCACUUGAAUCCUGAAUGCCGUUUCUUGGCCAGUGCUUCCAAAGACUGUACUAUUCGAAUCUGGGACACAGUAUUGGGACAGUGCUGUAAAAUAUUAACAGGACACACACAGUCUGUAACCUGUCUAAAAUGGGGUGGAGAUAACCUCAUUUUCUCAUCUUCACAGGACCGGACUAUCAAAGUCUGGAGAGCAGAAGAUGGAGCUCUGUGUAGAACACUACAAGGACAUGCUCACUGGGUGAACACAAUGGCUUUGAAUACAGAUUAUGUACUGAGGACGGGAGCUUUUGAACCAGCUGAAGCAACAGUCAACCCCCAGGAUAUGAGUGGUUCCUUGGAAGAACUUAAGCAGAAAGCCCUUCAGAGAUACAGUCAUGUGCGAGGCCAAGGGCCAGAGAGGUUGGUUUCUGGCUCUGAUGACUUCACAUUGUUUCUGUGGACACCAGCAGAGGAAAAGAAGCCACUAGCCAGAAUGACAGGUCACCAGGCCCUAAUCAAUGAAGUCCUAUUCUCUCCUGACACUCGAUUAAUAGCAAGUGCUUCAUUUGAUAAAUCUGUCAAACUGUGGGACGGCAAGACAGGAAAGUAUCUGGCUUCCCUUCGUGGUCAUGUCUCAGCUGUUUACCAGAUUGCUUGGUCUGCAGACAGUCGGCUGUUGGUUAGUGGCAGCAGUGACAGCACAUUGAAAGUUUGGGAUGCGAAGACUGGAAAACUGGCUGUUGACCUUCCUGGUCAUGCUGAUGAGGUAUUUGCUGUGGACUGGAGUCCUGAUGGGCAGAGAGUUGCAAGUGGUGGGAAGGAUAAGUGCCUUAGAAUUUGGAGACGGUAGCAGAAUGAGAAAACAUGCUGAAGAAAAUUAUUCUAGCAUGGACAUUGCUCCUUUGCAGCCUUUUAGUACCUGAACAUUUGGGGAUGACUGGCAAAUACAGUUUUGUAAUGUACAAAAAGUUGAAGUAUAAGUUCCAAAUUCUUGGAUGUAAUGUUUAGCACCAGAUUCAACAUUUUUUUCAUAUCUAAAAGGCCGUACCAUGAGUAACUCUGCUGGACAGUGUCGAAGUGGUAUGCUGAAAACAUUGAUAUAUAGAAAGUAAAGUACUGUUCUUAAAUCUGAAUUAAAAUCAUGUGGGAAUUUGACUUGCUUUUGUAAUAAAAUUUACUCUGCAUUUUUGCAUUUUA